AUGCCAGUCGUCAAAGGAGGUGUUUGGACAAACAUAGAAGAUGAAAUCCUCAAAGCAUCUGUCUCGAAAUAUGGCCUGAACCAGUGGGCUCGAGUUUCGUCGUUGCUUGCACGAAAGACCCCGAAACAGUGCAAGGCGAGAUGGACGGAAUGGCUGGACCCGGGCAUUCGCAAGAUCGAAUGGUCCAAAGAAGAGGAUGAGAAACUGUUACACCUAGCAAAGUUGAUGCCAACGCAAUGGCGGACAAUUGCGCCCAUCGUCGGAAGGACAGCCACUCAGUGCCUUGAACGCUACCAGAAGCUCCUCGACGAAGCCGAAGCCCGCGAGAACGAUGAGUUGGGCCUCGGAGGGCCAGAAGGUGGGGAAACUGCAGCGCCAACAGGUGAUCAGGUCCGAAGACUGCGCCCUGGAGAGCUUGAUCCUGAUCCCGAAUCCAAGCCUGCUCGCCCGGACACCAUCGACCUCGACGAGGAUGAGAAAGAGAUGCUCAGUGAGGCUCGUGCUCGUCUUGCGAACACACAAGGGAAAAAAGCGAAGCGCAAAGCACGCGAACGACAACUCGAGGAAUCACGAAGACUCGCCGUGCUGCAGAAACGGCGAGAGCUUAAAAAUUCUGGCAUCAAUAUCAAGAUCACCACCCGAAAGAAGGGUCAGAUGGAUUACAAUGCAGAUAUCCCGUUCGAAAAGCAGGCUGCAUCUGGCUUCUACGAUACGCAAGAGGAGUUGGCCAAGAAUGAACGCGAACGGGAACUGUUCGACCCACGCAAGCAACAGUUAGCACGAAAGAGACAAGGAGAUCCCGAAGACAACCUCGACCCGAAACGGCAAAAACAAGACAAGGAUAAGUCUUCUUCUGCGAUGGCUGCCGCCGCUGCAAGAGCAGGACAAAUGCAACGACUACGGGAAGCCGAGCAACAGAGCAAGCGUAGGGCCUUGAACCUGCCUGCCCCUCAAGUCAGUGAAAGCGAGCUGGAGGAAAUCGUCAAGAUGGGAAUGGCGGGGGACAGAGCAGUCAGAGCAGCUGGGCAGGAGGACGGAGACGAACGAGGGCUUGUCUCCAACUAUGCGAACAUGGUCGGAGCCACACCGAUCCGAACGCCUCGAGCGCCCGCGGAAGAAGACCAUAUCGCCAAUGAAAUUAGAAAUAUUAGAGCGCUUACAGAAACGCAGUCAUCUCUACUGGGCGGAGAGAACACUCCGCUGCAUGAGGGCACUAGUUCCACAGGGUUUGAUGGAGUCGCGCCUCGAAGACAGCAAAUGGUGACGCCUAAUCCAAUGGCGACGCCGUUGCGCCAAGCUGAAGGUGUCGGACAGUUUCCUGGUGCCACUCCAUUGCGCACACCCCGCGACAAUUUGACAAUCAAUGAAAGAGGCGAACGACAGCUUGUCGCGCAAACGCCACGGGAUCUGCGAUUAGCCGAGAAUAUUGCAAGACAGUCUCUCCGAGCGAAGCUUGCAUCUCUACCAAAGCCCAAGGAGACAGAAUGGGAACUGGAAGUGUUGCCAUCAGAGCAGGAAGAAGCCUCGGGCGGUGUGGGUCUGGAGAGGGAGGAUCAAGAUGAAAUCGACAGGCGCAACCGUCAAGCGCUGGAAGCGGCAGCAGCAGCAGAGUUCAGACGACAGACUCAAGUCUAUCAACGAGCUUUACCACGACCAACUACCAUUGAUUACAACGCACUCGCUUCAGCAGCGACAUCCAUAACUGAUCCGAUCCGAGCAAUGAUCGCGCAAGAGACUGCUCUGCUCAUGGCAAAUGAUGCAAACAAGUUUCCUCUUCCUGGCUCGAAGGUAAUUGGCAAACCUCCUCAAUUGACGUCGCUGCCUGAUGAACUGCUGGAGAAAGCUCGUCAGCAGUUGAAAGCCACGUUCGAUGAGACAGAUCGGCAAGCCUACGUCGCCGCUGUGGAAGGCCUUGCCAGCUCGGAGAGAGAAAGAAAUGCCUUGCCUCUAAAAUUCUCUAUGAACACAACCACGGAAGAAUACUUGGCUGCUUUCAAAUCUGCGCAACAGGGCCUUCUAUCUGCCGCGGAAGCAGGCAACAAGCUCGAGAAGAAGCUAUCGCUGCACUUGGGAGGGUAUCAAGCGCGACAAAAGACCCUCAAGCAGAAGAUUGCCACGGCUUAUGAACAAAUUGAGGAGCAGAGGGCGCAGUUGGAUGGCUUUAGGACUCUGCAGAUUGGGGAAGAGGGUGCUUUGGCCAGGAGGCUGGAGAGGCUCAGAGAUGAAGUGAACUUUGUGAUGAGAAGGGAGAGAGAAGCGCAGGAGGAGUAUCGUGAGUUGAAGGAACGAUGUGAUGGCGUAAACGGGGUGAAUGGUCAUUCAUGA